GGCUCUCUUCCCCUGAACCCAAUCAACCCGGGCCCGGCGGCGGCCGCAGGAGUGCAGAAGCUUCCCAAAUCCUCCUUCCCCUCUCGCGCCUUCUCCUCCUCCCCACCUUUCUACUCUCCACCCGGUUCGCUUCCCUUCCGCGGCUCGCGGCGCGCGGCGCUAUAUAACCGGCGGCUCCGCUCGCUCCGGUGGAGACCGACCUCAAGCUCAUGGGGCUCGAGAUGGAGGCUGUGGCCGCGGCUGCGCCUGCGGCGGCGAGGGAGCAGGGGGUGGAGAUAUACCCGCUCAGCCGCUACUACUUCGGCGCCAAGGACGCCGCCGCCGCGCCCCGCGGCCUGGAGACGGCCGCCGACCGCGCGCUCCGCCUCAAGGCCAACUUCGCCGCCAACGGGCUCCGCACCAGCGUCCAUGGCGUCCUCCUGGUGGAGCUGUUCGAUCACCCGCACGUGUUGCUGCUGCAGGUCCGGAACUCCUCCUUCGUGCUCCCGGGAGGCCGUCUCAGGCCCGGCGAGGAAGAUGUCCAAGGGCUCAAGCGCAAGCUCUCGAGCAAGCUGUCCGUCCUCGAUGAUGGCGAGGCCAUUGCUGAGGAGGAGGAGGAUGACUGGCAGGUUGGUGAGUGCAUUGGGAUGUGGUGGAGAUCUGAAUUUGAGGCCAUCCCAUUUCCAUACAUGCCCCCAAGCUUCCGCGCCCCAAAGGAAUGCAUCAAGCUGUUCCUGAUCAGGCUGCCGAUGUCCCGGCAGUUCGUCGUGCCGAGGAAUAUGAAGCUGCUGGCGGUGCCUCUGUCCCAGAUCCACAACAACGCACAGGUUUAUGGCCCGGUCAUAUCUGGGAUCCCGAACCUGCUGUCCAAGUUCUCCUUGAACGUCAUCAGUGACUGAGAUGUCUGUGCAGACCGGAGUUCUGAACUUCAGGAGCGGUUCACAUGUUAGGCUAGCCAUAGAACAAUGAACAAUAUGCUUAUUAUGCAGAAUACGUAGGAGCUUGUUCACUAGCAGAUCAUUUUCGGUGUUGUGUAACGUUUUUCUUUGUUGGUAUGGGGCUAAUGUGUUCAUCUGUAUUGCAUAACUUUGUUUUUUUUUUGCCAUGUAAAAAGGAACCAUCUAUGUACAAUAACUUUCUUGAUUUAUUA